UGACGGAAAUCAUCAUACCCUUCCUUCCGGGUAGCAUUUUCACGUUUAAAAACAAGGCUUUCUGCGCAUUCUCUUAUAUGGAUAAUGCUGUAAUUACAGAGAGUUAUCGAUGUGUAAGGUACUUCUGCACCACCGGCAGCGGUCUGGAACCGUUUCUUGUUGAGGAAGUAAAGCGCAAACUGCUGGCCAUUGAUGUGGAGUUCAUCCCUGGCAGAGUGUUCUUCACUACUGAUGCAGCCAUGGAGAGCAUCAGCCAGCUGAAAUCUGCAGAGAGACUCUUCCUCUUGCUGCACCGAUCUCCACCCAUCCGAGCUCCAGUCAAUCAGGCAAAGGCCGUCAGUGUGGUGCAGCAGAGCAUUGUGGGAGAUUCCGAGGUCUGGAAGGGAGCUCUUUGCACCUGGAGCCGCCUCAGAGCCAGGCUUACAGACGUUAAGACAACCCGGAAGAGAAAGAGAGAAGAGGGUCAGGAUGAGGAAGAGGACAAGCACACGGAGACCCAGCCUAGUCACCCAAGGGACACCCAGAGUGGUGUGAGUGAGCCUCAGACAGACUCUGAGCAGCCAAAGACAACUUUCCGAGUGAGCUGCCGCUCCAGUGGAGUUGUGGCAAAGCGCUUCAGCCCACAGGACUUGAGCCGGCUCAUAGGGAGCGCCAUAACCAAACAACUGAACUGGCGAGCAGAUCUGAAAGAGCCUGAAUUGGAGGUAAAUGUGUACUUAAGUGAUGACCACUGUGUGGUUGGGAUAUUGCUCUCAAGCCAUCCCUUAGCCAAACGCAGCUACAUUAAGCACACUGGGCUCAGAUCGACUGUGGCGUGGGCUAUGACUUCCGUCUCAAACAUGAAGGAAGGUGCGGUCAUCAUUGACCCAAUGUGUGGAGUGGGCACCAUUUUGCUGGAGGCGGCUCAGGAAUGUCCGAAUGCAUGUUUCUUUGGGCUGGACAGUGAUGUGGGUCAGCUACAGAAGGCUGCAGAGAAUGUGGAAUAUGCUCAGCUGACGGAUAGAGUCCAGCUACUGCAAGCAUCAGCUAUGAGAAUCCCUCUGCCGUCUGGCUCUGUGGACGUGGUCAUCUGCGAUGUCCCUUUUGGUAGAAAGUUCAGCUGUGGCUCCAGCAUGGCUGCCGCUCUACCAGAGAUAGUUGAAGAGAUGGAGAGAGUUCUCCGUGUUGGCGGGUCUCUUGUGCUCCUCCUGAGUCUCCAGCUCUCUACUCUACUAAAGAAGAAAAUUCUCAAGGACGCACUCCCAUGUCCAGCCACCACCGCAGUGGGCUCCCCUGCCUCAGACACCCUCCUCAGCUCUGAGACGGACACCUGCGUGACACACACCCACAGUGAAAAUGCUAAGCUCUCAGACGGCUUAACGCUGCGACCUUUCUGCUCCCUACAUACACACAGCAUUCACAAAGUCAGCCUGGGCAACACAGAUGCAGUAAUACACACUUACACCAAGACCCAUGGACACUGAUGACCCCCCACCCAUAUCACAUGUAGAAAAUGAUCCAUGAAGUUUAUAACUUAUAUACUACUGUGUUACCGUGGACUAGUUCAGUUAUUUGCUAGAUAUUUAAUAGAGAUGCUAUUGUUUUUUAACCACUAGGUGGCGGUAGCUAGAAGGGGUGUGGGUGGGCAUGAAUGUUGGAAGCUCAAAAAACACACACACACACACACACACACACACUCUCACACUCACUCACUCAUUCACUCACAUUUGACCUGUUUCUGUACUCUGUCCUCACACUUUAAGAAAACAAGAUAAUGAAAGCACAUAAUGCAUAAACAAGAUGUGAAUAUAAAACACUCAAAUACUGUGACAAGAAUAUGUGUCAUGACAAUUAAUGUGUCAUAUUUGUUGAAACAAUCUAAAUAAAGUAUCACCAUUGUU